GUGCCGGACGGCAGAGCGGCUUCAGUGUGCUCCCUGCUCCCGCCGAUCGGGUCGCGAUCUGCUGGCCCCGCGUCCACGGCGGGCACGGCUCCCGUGACGCACCGGCGGCUACGCGGCAAGCAGGCCGACUUCAUGGUCAGGACGGCGUUCAUCAGGGUCCACUCCGUUGGAACGGCUGGUACGGCGAUCCCGCCGCGCCGGCGUUUGAAGGGCAAGCGGGCCGUUUUUUCUGCCAGACCUGGGCAGAAAGUGGCGGAGAGAUUCAGCUGGGUCUGCAAGCUCUGUGACAAGCAGUACGUGCGGACCGACCCCAGGAAGAUCCAGUCCAUCAAGGCGAGCCACCUGUACAUGAAGCACCGCAGGGAUCCAAGGGUGAAGGAGAUCCCGACGCUGUACAUUGCCAGACAGAACGUUCUCGAUCCCACAGUCUUCUCUGACACGGACGCCCACCUGGCCACAGGCAUCCCCAUGGAGGUUCGCACGUGGUCGUGUCCGAUGCCUGGGUGUGAUGUCGCUACCGCCGCCCCGCUGGUGACCCAGCCGGUGCGCACGCGGCUCCUGCAGCACCAUUGGUCGAAGGCACACAAGGACGAGCUGGAAUACGAGAGUUUUUCGAACAAGAGCAUUGGUUUCAAUCAUCCUGCCACUUCUAAGGCCCAGACCCUUAGCAGGAUGGAGGCCAUGUGGAAAGAGCGGACUGUGUCCACAUGGCAUGACAGACAGAUCAACGGCCACCACUUCAAGGUCGUGGAGCUCGGAUCGGCGAUCUGGGGCAAGGAGCAGAACAAGUCCCCCGCGGGCCGGACGCACCUGAACGGAGCGCCGUCGCGGCAACGUACGUGCAUCCAUUGCUUCGGCGUGUGGCCGAUGUGCGUGAACGGGGAGAAGGUCGCGGAGUUCCGGUGCAAGGGUCUGGCCGACGGGGGCCUCUUCUGGCGCACCGAGACCCACCUCUGGAAGUGGCACCACACCACUGAGGCAGACAGGACCGCCCUCAAGGAGCUUUGGGACCAGGGUCGCACGCCCAUGUCUCCGCAGCAAUGGGAGGCGCUGUCCAAGGCGGCGGACCUGGUCGCACAGACGCGGGCUGCGACGGAGGAGCAGCAGGUCCAAGUCCUGGUGAAGCGGACCGUCGAGACCGUCAACGGCCUGAGCGGAGGCGCUUUCACUAAGAAGGCGGAGGCGGCCGCCGCGCCGCACGAGGCAGGCGAGCUCACUCUCGCCACCGCGAAUGUCAGUUCAUGGCAUGAACACAGCCGCGCCCUGCUCAACGCUGUCGUGCAGCACCAGUGCGAUGUUGUCAUGCUUCAGGAGUGUCGUCUGACACAGAUGCAGUUGAUCACUCAGCAGUCUACGCUGCGCCAGUCCAGAUUUACCCUGCACAAAGGCACUUUGGCAGAGGAGGCCGGUACGCGGCUACACCCGGCCGCGAGAGAAUGCGUCGGGGGCCUCUGCUUCCUGGUGCACAACGACUGUCAGUUCCGGCUGAUCGACUCUACACGCAUGGCCGGCGGAGAGGCGGCCAUUGGCGUCGUAACGGCAGGUUCCUCGACCUUCAUCGUGGGCAACAUACACCGACGUUCGGCAUCCUCUGACGCAGAGAAGCUGGCGCUGGAAGAAUGGAUUGAACAGACUUUGGCAGCCUGGCCCUCCGAGCACACCGCUUUCGUGGCCGGCGACUUCAACGAGGUCCCCCACAAGCUGGACAUGGAGGGGAUGUGCGGCGGCAGCUUUCGGGCGGUGGCCAGUGCUCGGCCGACUCGGCGCCAGGGGAGGCGUGUCAUAGAUUAUUUCUUGGCGCGGGCUCAGGAGGGUAUCUCUUUGUGUGCACGAACCUCUGACGUGCCGAUCGCAGACCACUACUUAGUGUACAUGAGCAUUCCUGCUGGUGCGCACGCUCACGAGCGAGGGAAGCAAUGGGACAAGCCGAGGCCGUACCGGGCCCCUGACGAGGACCAGGCCCGGGAGGAGUGGACAGCGCGGGUCGCCGACUCGUGGCGCACUGACACAGACGCAGCCUUUACAACGACAGAAGAAUGGUGGGCGUCGUGGACGCGCCGGGCAGAGGGUGCCCUUCGGAGCGCUUCGGACACGCCGUCCUCCAAAGGAUGGAAGCACCAAUCCAAGAUCAGGGAGCGUUCGAAGCCGUCGGACAUCCUGCCGGACCACCUGCAGCUCUCGCCCGAGGAGGACAUGCUUCGCCGGUACGUGGCCUUGGAUGAGGAAGCCGGGCGCCAGACGUGGGCGGCGCGGCAGAGUUUCCAGAAGGAGGAGGCCAUCUUGCGCCGGCGGCUCGGGCUUCCUGCUGGCGCCGGGCUUCGUGCGCGCCAGAAGAUCGCGUCCAAGCGCCUGCACGACAUGCACCUGCGGGAGAAGCAGGAGCGGCUGGCCGCAUGGCGCCGGAAGCUGAACGACAUGAAGGGCUACGUGUACCGAUGGGUCAGGGGCGCCGCGCACUCGGCGGUGGAGGUGCUGUCCGGCUUCUGGAAGGACCACUUCAGCAGCAUGACCGGCGGCGCAGACCCGCAGGCCUUCCUCAGGGAGUACGCGGCAGAGAUAGACUUCAUGAAGGUACGCCUUGCGCAAGGGCACGGCCGUCUUCCGCUGGAUGCCCGUUCGGCGAUUGAGGAGUGUCGCUUCAGUGCUCCCAGCAUCUAUGAGUUGCGCCGGGCCCUCAAGCCCAUGCGUGGCAAGUCGGCGGGGGUGGACCUGUGGAGCGCGGAGGAGAUCCUGGCGCUCCCGGACGCCGCUCUCCUGGAGCUCGCCGACAUGUGCCUCUACGCUGAAGAGACGCAGUUCCCGCAGGCCAUGGUGCGCUGGCGGCAGGUCCACAUCCCAAAGGACACCGAGAAAGAUCCGCAGCUAGACCGUUUCAGACCGAUUGCGAUCGCUUCAGUCGCGUGGCGCUUCUGGAUGCGCUUUCGCACGCGGCAGAUCAUGGACUACAUUAUUCCUGUGUUCCACCCGUGCCAGGCUGGCGGGAUCCCAAGGCGGACCCUGGAGUCCCUUCUGGAUGGCAUUUUGGAUCGCAUCGAACAGGCCCUCGCCGAUAAGGACGGGCAGGUGUACGUCAGGCUCUGGGACUUCCAGGCUGCCUUCGACAGCGUGUCCCCGGCGCUGCUGGCGGAGCUGUGGUGUGCACUGGGUGUAGACGAGUGUGCG